CUCUCGAGGCUGCGUUCCGAUUCCCCACCCAAUAGGUGACCAUCUGAUAACCCGGUGAUGGGCGGAGUUUAACGAAAAAUAUCCGAGAGGAUUAUGGAAUCAGAACGCACAAAAAUUGUGCGUUCUGAUCAAUAUGGAUCGACAAACUGCAAUACUCAUUGCGAUUACACUUAGUAAUGAGUUUCUCCGUUCUCACGUAUUUUUCGAUACAGAUAGUGAAACUAGUGAUGAUGAUUCGGAUUUAGACGAAGGAGAUAUAAGAAGAAUAGUUCAGUUACGUGAAAAUAAACGGAAACCUCCAAGAGUUGAAGGUUAUGUUGAAAUAACCGUGCCAAGAUUUAACACGCAGCAGUUUAGGAGACAUUUUCGCAUGACCCCAACUGUGUAUGAAAACUUAGAGGCAAAGCUUAAUCCUAUGCUCUCAUUGUCUAAAGGAAAAGCUGUAAUUUCAGUGAGAAAACAAUUAUUAGGAUCGUUAUGGUUAUUGGCAACACCUGACUCGUAUCGUUCUGUAGGAGAAAGGUUUGAUCUUGCUAAGAGUUCAUUAAACAAAAGUUUUAUCAGAGUUGUUGAAUGUUUGAAUGACAUAGCAAGCCAAAUUAUUUCAUGGCCAAAAGGCGAAGAACUUGACAGAGUGAAAGCAGAUUUCAAUAAAAAUUCACUAUUACGAGGCAUAAUUGGUGCCAUUGAUGGCACACAUAUUUUAUAUAUAAUAAAAGCCCCUAAAGUUGACUUUCAGUACUAUAAAACCUAUGAAAAAACAUAUGCUAUUAUUUUGCAAGCAGUUUGUAAUACUCGUAUGAAAUUUACCGAUUGUUUUGCGGGAUAUCAGUUGGAAAUCUAAGGGUCUUCAGAAAUUCAGAUUUGUGGAAAGAAGUUCAACUAGAUAAAAAGUCUUACUUUCCAAAUGAUAAAUUUAUUAUUGGGGAUAAGGCAUAUCCUGUCUUAACAUGGUGUAUUCCUCCAUAUAUUGAUCGUGGUACCAACUUACAGUUAAGAAAUUUAACCGCUCUUUCAUCAAAACGGUCAGUGAUUGAACGUGCAUUUGCAUUACUGAAAGGUAGAUUCCGUAGACUGAAGUUCCUCGAUAUGAAUGUAGAUGAAAUGAUUCCCUAUGUUGUGACUGCUUGCACAGUAUUGCAUAAUAUAUGCCUAGAUGAUGUG